GAUCCUAAACAGCUGCUAUCUUUUCAUUCAUCUCUGUCUCCAUUCAUGUUUUCUUUAAACCAAUAUGACGGACGUCAAAGACCCGGCAAUUCCUGCCGUCACAGAAAUCAUGAAGGGAAGUGGUCUUGAAGAUCUGGGUAUGGCUGGCGGAGAAUUCCUGCGUGAAGCUUUGACCAACUGUUCAGACCCACUUCUAGCUAUUGAAGAAUUCCAGUCUGAAAAUGGCAUUCUGUUACCGUCACUGAAGCCAGCUCUUCCUUUUCUAGAUUUGCAUGGAAUGCGACGUUUAGAUUUUCAUACUUCUGUUGUGGAAGAACUGAGAGAGAAACUGCUGCAGAAAAUCUCAAACUUGGCCAAUAGUGCUGAUGAGGAUCGCUUUAAAAAACUUGAGGCUUUGCUACAAAAGUGCUAUCCUGCUAUCAAAGUAAAAACCUUGCGUCCUGUAGUAAUGUGUAUAUUGAAACAUUUACCUGAGAUUAAAGAAGAUUAUUUGGUUCAGAUUGCUGCCAAUAGGCAAUACUAUGAGGAAGCUGCAACUGAAGUUAAAAGGCAGAUAUGGCAAGACAAUCAGUCGCUGUUUGGAGAUGAAGUUUCUCCCCUUUUUUCUCAGUACAUCAAAGAAAAAGAAGAGACAUUAUUAGGACAUGAGAACAGCACAUCAGUUUUCUACAUGCCUUCUCCUCGGAUGCGACGGCAAGGAGAAGUGGUGCAGAAACUUGUACACAUGAUAGGGCGCAGCUUGCAACUGUAUGACAUGGUGUUGCAAUUUUUACGGACACUUUUUUUACAGACUCGGAAUACACAUUACUGCACUUUGAGGGCUGAACUUCUUAUGGCACUGCAUGAUCUUGAGAUACAGGAAAUCUGCUCUGUUGACCCAUCACAUAAAUUUACUUGGUGUGUUGAUGCAUGUGUUCGGGAACGGUUUGUUGACACAAAGCGUGCAAGGGAGCUACAAGGGUUUCUUCAUAGUAUUAAACAGAGCCAAGAACAAUUACUAGGGGACCUUGCAAUGAUCUUAUGCGAUCCUUUUACACUACACACAAUAUCUCUUUCUACAGUAAAGGCUCUACAACAUUGUAUCAACUUUGAAUUGCUUCCACGUGAUAACAAUGAUCUUAUUUUACUUGUGAGAUUAAUGGCUCUUGGAUUUGCAGCUUGGGAUAUGAUUGACAGUCAAGUAUUUAAGGAACCUAAGUUGGGGCCUGAAAUUUUUAGUAAGUUCCUUCCUUAUGUGGUAAAUAUGCUGGUUGAUGACCAACUGCGCUCACUUAGUGCACGUUUAUCAGACGCUCCACCUGUGCAAGUUGCCGCUCCUCCUGACCUCUUUUUGACUGUUUUGAAGCUAACAAAUGUCGGAAGUAUGAUUGUGAUGUACUACACCCUUCAGGUCACCCGACAAAAAGAUAAACCUGCUGUCAUGUCUAUACUACCAGCUUUAGCCCAUUGUGAAAGUGACCGAGCUUUUGAUGAAACAUUCCUGCACACUUUGAUUUCUUAUCUCAUCACUAUGAGUGAAGACUUCAGCCAAGAAGACUUUUGUAUUGCAACUUUUGAUGAAUUUUUAAUUCCGGGUAUCAAGGUAAAAUCCAAUAUAGUACGUCACAUAUUACGUCUGUUAUGGUACAUCUAUGCCAGAUUGCCUCCAGCUCGCUUGAAGUCACUUAUGGCUGUAGUAGCUUCCAACUGUGAGAAUUGUGAAGCAGCUCAUACUGUGUACAAAAUGCUUGAAGAGAGAAUUGCAGCUCAUCAACCAAGCCCUUCAGAACCAGAGCCACUUGAAGCUCCACUCAUUCCAGCACCGGCUCAGUGAAAAAGGCUAAGAACUUACAGCUCAUCCUUAUUAAAUCAUGUUUAUUUUUAUCUCCCAGAUAUCUAUUCAGUCAUCUUAGGUAAUAUUAUAUUUUUUUAUUUGUUCAUGUGAAACAUGGAAAGAUAAGAAGAAUCUUAUCAAAUAAACAUUCCCUUGCCAUAAGAAGUCAAUAUCCUGCAUACUGACUCAGAACUGUUCAGUUUUGCUUAAAGGCCAGCAAUUGUACAUAUAUAAAGAAAAAAAAAAAAAACCUUUGGGGAAAUUUAAAAUAUUUUAUCUCUUUUCA